GAGCGCGUCCGCCGUAGACGGCAAGAGAACCGCAGAGAGGAACAACGGAGCUCACACACACUCAUACACACUGCUGCGCGCACACACACACACACACACACACACACACACCCUGCGCGCGGAGACGUGCAGACAGAAACGGAAGCAGCUCUGAGCGGCUGGAGAAUCUGCCGGUGUAAUCGGUACUAAACCGCGUAUCGCGGUACCGGAGCGGAAAUCGCGCCUGGAGCUCGAGGAAACUUUUCCUUCAGUCUCUUUAAUACAGCUGUGAUAUUAAAAAAACAGAACAAAGAUUUUUGGUGAUCUGUUGCUCGGCUCCGGCGUGGACUGUGUGGAACUGAACCCGGAUUUAAUAACCGUGGAUUUUUUUAAUAAUUAAUUUUUGCGCACAGAGGAUCUGAGCCUCAGGUGUGUGUGUGUGUGUGUGUGAACAUGGAGGUGUUACUAUGACCCCGGACUUCACCACUGUCACUGCCGCUGCAGGUCACACACUCUAACUUUUAUUUAUUCAGCAUUUUGGGGUUUUUCGGGUUUCUGUUUGAGAGCCAGUGAGCUGAGAGUCUUUCUGGGAAAUUCAGCCAUGAACUUUGUGGUUUAUUGGGCUCACAUAUUCCUGGCAGUGCUGCUGAACGCCUCGGCUCUGAAGUUUUCAUCAGAAGUGACAUAAUGAGCAGAAUGGAGUUGACCUGUGUGUAACUACAGUGUCAUGUCAUCUCACUAUAAAUUCACCUGUUCCUCGAAGAACUCAGAGUUUGUUAGAGAACAUACCUAAACACAUAGCAUCAUGAAGACCAAGGACUGAACAGGAGUCUGGGAAAAUAUCAAUAAGAAAUCACAGACUUCGAACAUUCCACAGAGCACCACUGAGCGAGUAAGCAGGGGAUUAGUCAGAAACACAACCAUGAGGACAAGGAGAACUCUGAAGGAGCUGGAGAGAUCCACAGCUCAGAUGGAGAAGAUGUUCACAGGACAACCACAGCCUGGACUGUGACACAUGGUGGUGGUAGCAGCAUCAUGUUCUGGAGACACUUUUGAUCAGCAGGGACACUGGGUCAGGGUUGAGGAUCAGAUGGAUGGAGACAAAUACAGGACAAUUCUAGAAGAAAACCCACCCCAGUCUGUGAGAGACUUUAGACUGGGGGCGGAGCUUCACCUUCCAACAGAACAAUAACACUAAGCCUAAUGCUAAAGCUAAGCUGGAGUGGAAAAUACCAAGAAGCUGAAUGUGUCGAAGUGGAAGAGUCAACGCGCAGACCUCAGUCUGAUUCAGAAUCUGGGGCAAGAUGUGAAAAACUGGGAGCGAAUACUUACGCACAGCGCUGCACACAGUUCUUUUUAGUGGCAGCUUACAUACCAAAGGAGGGAAAAAGCAAGAAUGAAGUGGUGGCGUUUAUGGAGGUGUACAGUAAGAGCAGGUGUAAUUCGAGGGAGAUGCUGGUAGACGUACAGGGCGAGUAUCCACACGACACACACGUCACCUACCUGCCGUCCUGCGUGGUGCUGCAGCGCUGUGGAGGCUGCUGUAACGAUGAAGCACUCGAGUGUGUUCCUACACACACACAAAACAUCACACUGGAGUUGUACAGAGUAAAUCCAGGUGUAGGAGAACACAAAACUCUGCUGAGCUUCACAGAACACACACAUUGUGAAUGCAGAGUAAAACCAGAAGUGAAAACAAAGAAAGAAUACCGCUGUGAGCCCUGCUCAGAGAGGAAGAAGCACUGGUUUGUGCAGGAUCCUCUCACCUGCAGGUGUACCUGCACACUGACUCAGUUACAGUGCAGGUCCAGACAGCUUGAGUUAAACGAGAGAGUUUGCAGAUGUGAUAAACCGAGGAGAUGACGAUGAUGACGAUGACGCCGGUCUCAGACACGCACUGAAUGAAGGAAUAUUUAAUCUCGGCACUUUUUCAACAACCUGUGGACCAGAAACACACACACACACACAAACACACACACACCAUGAGCACGGAGAGAUCAUAGAAGCAACAAUGUUGUGACAUCGCCCCCUGUACAUUUUUAAUAAAUUAAUAUAUGAACAUAUAGUUAUAUACAGAGAGAGAGAGAGACAAAGCUAUAAAGAAGACAAUGUGUAAUGCUGCUAUGGAGACGAGUGAACGAGUGUCCUUCCUGCGUCACGAGACGGAGAGCUACUGUUUCACAGGUUUCUAUUUAAACAUGAUCAUGAUCAUCAGUGCGCGGGACUCUACUGGACUGAGAUGCUCUCUGAUUGGAGAGGAUAUGACUCCAUUAUUGUGUAAAUAAUAAAGGGAUAUUCACCAUAGGUUUCUGUUAAUGUGAUUCCAGUUUUCACUGAAGACAUUUCCUUUUCAUAAUUAAUAAUAAUAAUGACUGUAAUGAGUAAAUCUGUUUAUUUUCCAAAGAGAAAUGCGAGCGCUGUUAGAAAACACAUUAACCAAGUGUGUCUCAUAUCCCUGUUUCUAGUCCACUACAUCUAAUUUAUAAAGCUAGCUUCAGUAUUCUGUGUAUUUAAAUUGAUUUAUUUAUAUUCAGUGUUACGUUUUUGUUGCUGUUGUGGUUUUAUUUCUGUCAGCGUCUCCACCAAUCUGCCUGAUUUUAUUUUCUUUUCCCAGAAGAAGAGAAGAAAAGAAAGAAUGAUAGAAAGAAAGACUUCUCUGACAUUCCUAAAACUACUAUACAGAGAGGACAAAUGAUGUUUCUCAGUUAAAAACUUUGAUGAAUCAUGAGGAAUGUAAAAUGUGACGUGAGGUGGUUUUCGGCUAUCUCUAAUAAAAAGAGACAAUUUGCGACUUCUCCCAACAAAACCACCAACAUUCUUCUACUUGUAUUAAAACAGAUUUUUUUUCAUGUCCAUUCUAUUUUCAUAAUGUAUUUAUUUGCGUGUUAAAGAUUUAAAUUUUAACGUCUUUUUGUUGUAGCUUAACAUUAAAUAUGUAUUUAUUUUUGAAAUUAUAUUGUUUUUUAAUAAACCAAAAAAUCGA